UACAUAUAACAUUACAAUUUGUUGCUUCUAUUCAUUCCUUCCUUCCUUCCUAUGAUUAUGCUAUGAAGUUGAUGAUGAAUGAGUACAAUGAGUUUUGUCCACUCUCCUAUUUGGAUUCCCCAUUUCAUGAUUUUUAUGUCUUUGAAGGAUGUCGAACUUUUUCAGAGGUUGAUUCUUCAUUUGCACCCUCCAACAUUAAUGAUCAUCAGCAUCACUUUCAUAUCUCGUCUUCUUCUUUUCAUUCACCAAAUCCUCAAGCAGCUCAACAUCAAUCAAGCUGUUCCCAAGAGUUUGAUGGUGAGCAUUGUUCUUGGUCAUGUGAGGAGUUGAGGCCAAAUCACAACAAAAAGUUAAAAUCGAGUAUGGUUUCUAAGACACGAAUUAAAUGGACAGAACAACUUCACCAAAAGUUCAUCAAUUGCGUCGAUCAGCUCGGAGGCGCACAAAAAGCCACACCAAAGCAACUCCUUCACUUAAUGAAAACUAAAGGAUUGACUCUCAUCCAUAUAAAAAGCCACUUACAGAAAUAUCGAAUUUCCCAGCAGAUUCAAGAACUUUCAAAAGCAGGAAAAUCUGAGAGACAAAUUAACAAGAAAGAACCGAUGCAUGGUAGCCAGAACAUAGGGAAGCAGCUGAUGGAAGCAGUGACACAACUUCUUCAUGCUCAAAGUAGUUUGAAUGAACAAUUGGAGGUUCAGAAGAAAUUGAUCUCAGCCAUUGAAGAACAAAUGAAGCAACUGAGAGGAGUUUUAAAACUAAGAAGGAAAACUAUUGUAUUUAGAAAAGACUAAGAGAAAAUAAAAUGGACUUCGCUUUGAUCAGAAAAGUGUGUUCUGUUCCUGGCAA